AUGGGAAGAUUUAAGAAUAACAUGGUGGAUUGUAACUAUUUCAACAACAGUGUCAUGAAGCUUCAUAUGUUGAGACACCGAGCCAAGAGCAGCAUGUGUUUAUGUGAGAGUGACAGCAACACACUCAGAGAAGACUAUGAGGUGACCCCGGAUGAGAAAAGAAAAUGGAGAGGGGACCAGAUCGUCAAGACUUUUCUCUCAAAAGAAUCCCCUCAGCGUGUAGACAUAGCGGAGGAUUUUGGAGAAGAGUGUAGAGAAAACCUUGAGCUGAGUCCAUGUAAGGAGAUCUUCAGCAACUGCGGAAAGGUCCUGCAUGACUACCUGAGAGGAGCUUCGUUCUUGGACUACCAGAACAGCAUGUACUUCGACCGAUUCCUGCAGUGGAAGAUGCUGGAGAGGCAACCAAUCACUAAAGACACGUUCCGGCAGUACCGAGUGCUGGGGAAGGGGGGAUUUGGAGAGGUGUGUGCCUGCCAGGUCCGAGCUACAGGGAAGAUGUAUGCCUGCAAGAAGCUGGAGAAGAAGAGGAUAAAGAAGAGGAAAGGGGAGUCCAUGGCUCUCAACGAGAAGCAGAUUUUAGAGAAAGUCAACAGUAGAUUUGUUGUGAGCUUAGCGUAUGCAUAUGAGACCAAAGACGCUCUGUGUCUGGUGCUGACCAUCAUGAACGGGGGGGACCUGAAGUUUCACACCUACAACAUGGGCACGCCGGGCUUUGAGAAAGACAGGGUCCAGUUUUACGCUGCUCAAAUCUGCUGUGGACUGGAUCAUUUGCACAAGGAAUCCAUUGUAUACAGGGAUUUGAAACCGGAGAAUAUCCUGUUAGAUGACAAUGGACACAUCCGUAUUUCUGACCUGGGGCUGGCCAUCAAAGUGCCUGAAGGAGAACUCAUCAGAGGCAGGGUGGGGACUGUAGGCUACAUGGCUCCGGAAGUUGUAAACAAUGAGAAGUACGCGAUGAGUCCUGAUUGGUGGGGGCUGGGCUGUCUCAUUUACGAGAUGACUGCAGGGCGAUCGCCUUUUCGUGCCCGCAAAGAACGAGUAAAACGAGAGGAGGUGGAGAGGAGGGUGCAGGAGGAAGAGGAGGAGUACAGCGACAAAUUUACAGAGGACACCAAGGCCAUCUGUAGAAUACUGCUGACCAAAGACCCUAAGCAGAGGCUUGGGUGCCUGGCGGACGCAGCAGCGGACGUCAAGCUCCACCCGUUCUUCAGAAGAAUCAACUUCAAGAGGCUUGAGGCUGGAAUAGUGGAGCCACCCUUUGUGCCUGAUCCUCGGGCAGUGUACUGUAAGGACGUUUUGGACAUAGAGCAGUUCUCCACAGUCAAGGGAGUAAAUUUGGACCAAACUGACAAUGACUUCUACUCCAAAUUUACUACAGGCAGUGUUUCCAUCCCAUGGCAGAAUGAGAUGAUAGAAACUGAGUGUUUCAGAGAUUUGAAUGUGUUUGGGCCACAAGGGACGAGACCUCCAGAUCUGGACUGGAGUCACCCGCCAGAGCCGCCCAGACGCAGCCUGCUGGACAGGAUCUUCAGGAGGCAUCACCCAGAGGUGCCUAUUUCCCACAGCCGUGUGCAGUCUUCCAGUGUAAACUCUGUGGACUCCAUGUCCAACUCUGCCCCCUAGUGGCACAGCGACAGUGUGGGAGCCACACACACACAAAGGGAAGGAGCUCCGAGGGGCUUCCCCGCUGCUGAUUGGUCCACAGUCCCGGGCCUUAGCAGCAGCCGGAGACAGCCUGUCUAAAAGCCUAAAUGGUCAGCCCAUGGGUGGGGGGUGGGAUGGGGUGGGGGGGAGUUGUGACCAGGCCCUGAGACCCAGGGCAUUUGUAGUGGGAUGGUCUAUGUUGCGAAGACGUUUGAAAAUAUUUGGACAAACUUUACUUACCCUCAGGAUUGUUGGACUAAUAGAACAGAGCCACUGACGCUUAAGGAAACAGAAAAGGAUAGAAACAUGCUUAUAUUCAGGGGAUCCACUGUAAAAUAAAGACCACCACAGGGAAUAGACGCUGGGGUCUUGGUGAAUUCUUUUGUUUUUCAAGAAAAGGAAUUUCAUUUUCACAAAUUUUUCAAAUAUUUUACUUUCUGGCCUGUAUCUUGUAUCUCUCCAUCUACCUACAUGCUUCUCUUACUCUAUAACUCGUUUCUCUCUCUCUGCAUUUCCACCUCCCAUACCUCAAAUCACUCCUAAACAUUCAGAACACAUCACCUCAACAAACCUCAACACAUAAUGUACAUUGCCUUGCGUACACUCAGGCCAAAGAUUACAGUUAAGUUUUGUGAUACUGUUGUCAUGUUGAUUUAUUGUUUGUUUUUUCUGCCAUCAUUUAGAACCACAAGAGGAUCAUAACAGGCGAUCCGUUUUUUCUAAACUUCCUCUCUAUUUAUGAGCCUGCAGACAUAUCAUAUUGCUUAAAGCACACAUACAUCCAGUUCAUACAUACACAAUCAGAUAGACGUACACAGACAGACUUGUGAGAAUCGUGUUGUGUUUUCAUUGCAUGGACAAAGUGUAAGUAUGGACAGCUGUAUCCCUUUCGCUUCUGCAGACCUCAUUCCAUUGAUGUUACCAUCGUAUAACGUACAACACAGACGUCUCCCUGGGUUUACAGUGUCACUUUAUAUUUGACAUUAUGUGGAAAUGAAUUAAUAUGCUGUACAGAAACAGAAAUAUCUUCUUCUGUUGUUGUUCUUUUUUUUUGUGCUCUUUUUUCUUGCACAGUCCCAAUGGAGUGGAGAGGAACACAUGCACUCAGCCUGACUUACAAGUUGCACAAUUUAAAACGUCAUGCUGUUUCUUCAUCAAAUGUUUUUACCUCUGAACAUUAAGGCACAUUGUUGUAUUGAUAUUGUCACGCACCGCUUGUUUUCUACAUUCAAAUCUGAAGUGUUCUUGCUCUCCCUUAUGCCUUUUCCAUUUAUAGGAUAUUGCUGCAUAGCCCUUGUUGUCACAUGUACAGGUUUUUUAUAUUUUGCCCCUUUACACUUAACAUGCUGUUCAAAAUGCCUCAGAAAUCUAAAGGGCCUUCCUCUUGAUACACACAGGGUGCAGCUAUGCGAAAGGUUAGUCUCAUCUGAAUUUUAAUUGUCAUCAAUUAUCCCUUUAAUGGUCUUCCAAACUGAUUAAAAGAGAACAAUUCAAGCUCUUUUUGGUAGAAGUACGUUAGAUCAACCCCCCUCAGCAGAUGUACUUUUUGUAGUGAACUGACUUUUAGAUUUUUUUUUAAUGUACUUUUAGAUGGUUAGAAGAAUUAUGUAAAUGAACACCACCAAAUAUGUCUAUUGAUGUAUGUAAUUACAUUUUAAAUCAUGCUCCACGAAUCAGUGGACAUUUCCAUAACCUUAAUGGUAAGGUUUUAUUUUAUAAAACCAUUUAUUUCUCCCAAAUAAACGCAUUGAUUUUGGUAAAGGUUUUCUGAUUUUAAACUUUUGUCACUAUAAGAAAUCAGUUAUUUCACUGAAAAUGUGUUGAAAUAUAUCAGUUUAAUGUUUUUGACUUGUACCCUCACUCUUUAAGAAAGACAGAUUGACUGAAUUGGAUUACGUUUUUUGUUUUAAAUUAGUUUCUGUGUGGGACCAUUAAAGGGUUAAUCUAAGUAAUUUAUGUCAGAACUGAGGAGAAGACACCAUAUGAUCCUGUAAACACCACACAAAGAAGUGGCCUUUUCGCAGCAGCACAGACAUUUAAAAGAGAGAAAGACCUCACUCUUGUGCUUGUUUUAAGAAUAUGGUAUCUUGUGUAUUUGAAGUAGUGAAAGCUGGUCCAUGCAGUCAUUUUAAUCGGCCUAACAGAUCUCACCCAGGCCUGUUUCUCUCUGCGUACUUGAUAUGAAAAAAAAAAAAAUCUGAUUCAGACUGAAGUGCCUCCUUGUUAGCAUGAUCUCCCAGACAAUGCCCACACAGACAUCAGCACUUUGUUUAUUCUCUGACCGUCAUGCUCUGUUUGUUUCGCUGGGAACGUGUCAACACAAACACACACACAGACUCACACAGUCUUUUCAGAAGUGGAGGGAACGAGGUGUGUCGAUUCUUAAUGUGAUAGCAAAGUGCUGAGUGCAUGUGAAAGCCAAACCCACUGUGUCCUAUAGUCCCAAUAAACUCUGUGCUAUAGUUUGAGUAUC